AUGGCCGGACGAGGAGGUUACUGCGUUGUGGCCUACUGUGUUGAUGUGUCGCCAUCGAUGGGCGAGGCUAUGGCCGACCCCGAUGGCACUGGUAUAAAGCGACCUAAACUCGCAUGGGUAAAGGAGUAUGUUGCCCGCGAGUUUGAGCCCAAGAGUGGACGAAAGACAGACUGCAUCGGACUCGUCACAUUCGGCGGCAACGCUCCGUAUCAGAACGUCAGCGUUGAUGUCGCUAUCCAAACCGCGAAGCCGGCUGCACUUGAGACGCUUAUGAACACUGAGCAAGGCGAUGCGGAAGGAAAUCCGAUCCUGUGCGCCCUGGAUGCUAUCCAGAUGCAUAAGCACACCAAGAUGUGGACGUUGGAAAUCGUGCUCAUCACCGAUGGAGAAUCUGGCUUCGACCAGGGCGAAUAUGAGGAAGCAAUGGAGACCCUCGACAGACUCGGCGUCAAGCUCACUGUCUUAGGAGUGGGCUUCGAUGACCCGGAAGACAACGUGGACAAGUCCAAGCCAAAGCCGAAACGUCUUAGUGAGAAGUUUUGGCGAGUGUUCAUCCGGAACCUAGAGGAGCAGAUCUCCAAGUCCAGCACGGAGGAGCAGUUCCGCCCAGAGCUCAAAGUGUUCGAACCACAGCUCUCGCAGAUCCGCAUGCCCCGGCCAGAUGUUGUCAAUGGAACGCAGGUUGGCACGUGCCUGUACAUAGGUGCUGAGCCGAUUGAUGCUGAACAAGCUAUUUGCAUCCCCCUCAAGUACACGAAGGCGACAGCCAAAGCCCGCCCGCCCACCUUGAGCAAGGCUUGGAAGACGGCUGUGGAUCUGCAGCAGCCUGCGGGGACGAUUCCUACACACAGCGAGGCCAGCCAACUGCUCAACACACUGCAAUCCCAGAGCCAAUCCCAAGGAGGACAGGCGAACAACCUCGCAGCCCUGGUUUCCGCAGAGGUCAAGCAGCAUAGCACGUACUUCCUCAAGAAGCCCGAACCGAUCAAGGAGAGCGGAGCAGGAGAGGCCGAAGGUGAUGAUCUACCAACGAUCGAGGAGGAUGAGGGGGAGCGUGAAUACAUUCCGAAGGAGGAGCUCGUCAAGGCCUGGAGAUACGGAUCGUCGUGGAUUCCCGUGGAGGACGAUACUUUCGAACCGUUGAAGACGCAGAAGGGAGUUGAGGUCCUAGGCUUCAUCCCGCAGAAGAACUACAUGUUGAUCGGCGAGGUCCGUUACCUGUGGCCCGACCUUAAGUCGUCCAAGGCGCAAAUUCAGUUCUCAUCCUUCGUGUCCGCCCUCGUCACUACCGGGAUGGUCGCCAUCACACGAUGGGUCACCAAAGACGGUUCACCGCCAGAAAUCGGCGUGUGCAUCCCCAAGCAGGAGUUUGGAGACGAAAAACGUCUCGAUCUCAUGUAUUGGAUCCGCCUUCCUUUCGCCGACGACGACCACCGGUUCUUCUUCCCAAGCUUGACAAACUAUAAGAGUGUGUCGGGCAAUGAGAUCACCGAGCACCCGUACAUCCCAACCCAGGAGCAAAGCGACUUGAUGGACGAGCUCGUCAAAGGUCUGGAUCUGGAUAGCGUUACGCCCGAGGGUGCGACGCAGCAGGACGAUGAGGACGAAGAUGAGGAUGGGGAACCAAUACUGCAUUCGCCGUGGUAUGACCCAGCGUUUUCCUACAACCCCGCCAUCCACCGCACCAAGCAGGCUAUCUUGCAUGCCUCGCUUACCGCCGACACGAAGGCUGACCCCCUUGGUCCGCCGCAUCCAGAGCUCACCAAGUACUUCUACACACCGGAGAAGCUGGUGGAGCAGACUGAGAAGAUAACCGAGCGUCUCAAGGACGCCCUGGACAUCAAGAAGGUCACCCGCGUUCAGCGCAAGAAGCGCCAGAUUGACAUUGACGAGCUAUUCGACAACCCUGGCCCCGGAAAGACGGAGACUGUGUCGCCUGCCAAGCCCAAGGUUGCCGCCGACGUCGACAAGAAGCCAGACUUCGCAGAUGAUCCAGACUUCAUCCUGCCCCCAUCAGCAGACGCUAAGCCGAAACCUGGCCGUCUCAUCAGCAACCUUCGGCCGCUGGAGGACUUCAAGCGUGUUACGGCAUCGGGCGACGUGUUCAAGAAGGCGAUUCAGGACAUGGGUGUGGUCGUGGAGGAGAACGUGGCGACGUCGUUCUCAAAGCAGGCCUUCCCCGACGCAAUCGCAUGUCUCGAAGAAGCCCGCUCCACCGCGCUCAUGUACGAAGAAACUGAGACGAUUGUGAAGAACCUGGAGAAGGCGGUCACGGACCCGAGCUUUAAGCACAAGGACUUCUGGAAGACGUUCAAGGCUGCAGGGAAGAAGGUCGCGCCGAUCAGCGAAGAGGAGGCUGCAGCGGCGCUGGAGGAGGAGUACGACUAG